AUGGAAUUAAGAUUCAAAAAGAGUCAAACAAUUGAUAAAAGUGUGCAAGAACAAAUCAAUAGAGAUAGAGAACAUUGGAGACAAGUAUUACUAAGAAUAAUAUCUGUGGCAAAAAGUCUUGCUGAGAAUAAUUUAACAUUUCGUGGGGAUAAUGAGAAGAUAUAUCAAGAAAAUAAUGGUAUCUUCUUAAGCAUGAUUCAAAUGAUUGCUGAGUUCGAUCCCGUAAUGCAAGAGCAUGUUCGUCGAAUAAAAAAUAAAGAGAUUCAUUAUCAUUAUCUGGGAUACAAAAUUCAGAAUGAGUUGAUACUUAUGCUAGCAGAUAGAAGUUACAAAGAACAAAUGUCUAUAUUAUUGAGGUGUGUAGAUAUUUCGGCAAGUCCAGUGAAGGUUGAAGAAUUCUUUUUAGGGUUUUUAUUGGGGGAUGAUACAUUGGGUAAGGGACUUUUUGAUGAACUGGUGGAUGUUUUGAAUAAUUUAGAACUUGAUAUUGAUAAUGUAAGGAAUCAAGGCUAUGAUAAUGGUGCUAACAUGAAAGGACAACAUAAAGGAGUUCAAA